CCGAUUGCUUCUGAAAUUUCUAAAAGAUUUUACACGGACCGCACAGACAACUCUGCAACUACGAUAACAAGGAGACUUUGUCAGUAGUGUGACUCUUACGUACGUGGUAGUGGCUUGCUAUUUAUUUCUGUUGAUGUUCCCUAGAUCUACAUCUACGUUCGAUUUGAAUUGAAAGUCAGAAUGUCGGGACAGCACGACCAGGAACAAGACAAUGUUGAGCGCCUCGCGCACGAAGAAGAAACCUUCGUGGUCCCGGAUGAGCAGAACGAGGAGGACGACGCGCGGCUCCGGGCGGAGCUUGAGGAGCUCUCCGAUCUAGGGGAGGAGGAUGACGCGGGAUUGGAUUUUUUGGACGAAGACGAGAUGCAAUUAGGCGUCGAACUCGAUGGUGAUUUGGAAAUGGGUGAAGACGAGGACACCUCCGUUUUCACUUUUUCGAAGCACGAGGACGCCGUGUUGAAUUGUUGCUUCCUGAACCCCUGGACGUUUUGCACCAGCGGACAAGACGACCAGGCGUAUGUGGUGUCACUGCAAAAGUCGACAUCUUCCGGCAGCAGUGCCUCCUCAUCUUCAACUAGCGUGGUCGCAGCAGAUCGAGAGUCCAGCGACAAUACCACAGGUGACGUGGACAUGGCGGACAGCACGGAAAGAAACAGAAACAGCGACAUCAAAGAGCCCUGCGUCGAACCCGGCCAAGAACCUCUGGAAUUGGUUUCCGUGGCUGCUCUCGAAAAACACACCGACAGCGUGAUUGCCGUCGCGAGAAAUCACAGCAGGACAGAAGUAUGCACGGUGGGCUACGACGGGGUAACGCACGUGCACAAGGUAGCGGUCGACCCCAGCAAUAGAUCCGUCUCCGCCACCCUGUCCCACACGUUAGAAGGCCCGGGAGCGGAACUGGAAUGGGGCUGCUGGCAUCCAAAGGGCAAUAUUGUCCUGGCGGGCAGUGCGGACACCACCACGUGGAUGUGGCACGGGGACAGUGGGCACUGCAUGCAAGUCUUCAGCGGGCACCAGGACGGCGUCACGUGUGGCGGUUUCAUUCAGGGUGGCAAGCUCAUCGCCACGGGCUGCAAGGACGGCCAGGUCAUCGUCUGGGCGCCCAAAUCGGGGCAGUCCGUCGACCGACUUCAGGUCGUUCACGAACAGGAGAUUACGUGCCUUGGCGACACGAAUCAGGUAAUAGGUCAUACGAAUCAUAGCGAAAACAUGGGAAAUUCAAAUGUUGUUCGGAAAACGAAAAUUCUAAACGCAGGAACGUUGCCGUUGGUAGCCGUCGCGGUUCUGAAUCUUCUGCAUCAAUUUAGUGAAAAACAGUGAAUCUUCAAAAUAACUCAUGUUGUUCAAGUUCAUGAGGUUAAAAAUACCACGCACAAACACAGGUGGAUGUUGCUGCAAGCGGGUUGAGCAAAACCCAAGUGCAAAACCUUUUUGCGGUCGGCACGAGUGAGGGCGAAGUGCAUCUUCUGACCAUGUUGGAGACCGGCAAGGGAAAAGUGGUGAAGAGCUUCACGCCCGCACACGAAGGAGCAGUCGAAGUGGUCAGCUUCCAACCAAGAGUUGCUGGGACCUGGCAGCCGGAUAUUUUCCUGGCAACUGCGGCACUUGACGGAAAGGUAAAUUGCUUUUCAAAUUUCUCCAAAGCAAAUUCAGGUGGAACAAGAUAACAAGGGCUUUAUCGCUUUCAUCUUGUGUAUUGCCUCACGUUUGAGUAAAAGAGAAAUUGAGUUUCCUAAACUUGCAGGUGAAAAUGUGGAACUUGCGCAACUUCCAUGCCGUUCACGACGUGCAAGCUCACGAGUGUGGGGGUGUUACAGCGCUGAAGUGGACACCCGGUGGGGAGUUGCUAAUCAGUGGCAGUUUGGACUGGACCGCACGCGUCUGGAGUCCGCACACCGGGGAUUGCCUGCACACGUUUUGCGGGCACCAGGAUUCCAUCCUUGCAUUGGACGUCCUGCUCGCGGACGAUGCCGGAGAUCGAGAACUGGACGAGAAAGACAAAAAUGCUCGCUGGAAAACGCUCCAGGUGGUCACAGCAUCCGACGACAAAACCGCGAAAGUAUGGAGGUGGCGCUUUUCGCCGUUCUUGUUGUGACGAGGGAGGUGGACGAUGUGGAUCGCGUAGUCUGGCUGGAUGUGUGCCACUCUCGAAAUCUAGAAAAGCGACUUUUUCAUCGUUGAGACGACAGGGACCUUCUGAGCAGGAUCCAUAGGAAUAACGCAACACAUUUGCGCCUGUAGUAUGUGAGGAACUUAUGGUUCUGAAGUACCUGCAUCUGCAAGUGCAAGGACACUGUUGUAUCAAGUUUGAAUGAAACAACUGUAAUACAUGCUACUACUAGUAGUGCAAGUGCUCGCCCUCGCAGAAGGAACUAAGUACAAAAAGAAAUGGCGCAUCCUGGCACACGUUCUGUGGCGCAUACGUGCAGGUGCACAGCGAUG